AUUGUUCUUCAUUCUUCAUUCUUCGUUCUCUCGCAUCAUUCUUCAUCGUCUCCUUGAUUGACUUUAGGCUGGCCAUUGUCCCUUGUCCUGUCUGCAUUGGUGUUGCCAUCCCUCCCCUCAAACCGCUGCCUCUUCUCUCGCCUCUGACUCACUGCCAUCCCGUCCCCGCAGCGAUGUCGGCCUCAGGAUCCGGUGCGCCUCUGAAGAAGGCUUUUCCCUCGGUCGACCUCGAGGGCCACAAUCUUCCUCCCUCGCCGGCUCCCUCCAGCCCGCAUGGUGGCCGACGCUAUAACAUUGCCACAGAGCUGGUCUACACAGACAGCAAUGACCAAUACAACGCCAGCAGCGUUCCUAUCUACCAGAGCGCCACCUUUAAGCAGACGUCCGGCGACGGCGGCGGUGAAUAUGACUACACUCGCUCCGGAAAUCCCACGAGAACGCAUCUCGAACGACACCUAGCCAAGGUCAUGUCGGCACAGCGGGCUCUGGUCGUCUCCUCCGGUAUGGCUGCCUUGGAUGUGAUCACGCGACUCCUGCGUCCCGGCGACGAGGUGGUGACCGGCGACGAUCUCUACGGCGGCACGAACCGUCUCCUCAAGUACCUGGCCACGAACGGGGGCAUCAUUGUGCACCACAUCGACACCACCCAGCCGGAGAAGGUGCGCGAGGUCUUGAGCGAGAAGACCACCAUGGUCCUGCUGGAGACGCCGACCAACCCGCUCAUCAAGGUGGUCGAUAUCCCGCAGAUUGCCGCCGCCGCCCACGAGGCCAACCCCAACUGCCUGGUCGCAGUGGACAACACCAUGAUGUCGCCCCUCCUUCUCAACCCGCUGGAGCUGGGUGCGGACAUCGUGUACGAGAGUGGCACCAAAUACCUGUCGGGUCACCACGACCUGAUGGCGGGUGUGAUCGCCGUGAACGAUCAGAAGUUGGGCGAGCGACUGUACUUCCCCAUCAACGCGUCCGGCUGCGGACUGUCGCCGUUCGACUCGUGGCUGCUGAUGCGCGGCGUGAAGACCCUCAAGGUGCGCAUGGACCAGCAGCAAUCCAACGCGCAGCGCAUUGCCGAGUUCCUCGAGGCGCACGGCUUCAAGGUGCGGUACCCGGGCCUGCGGUCGCACCCGCAGUAUGACCUGCACCACUCGAUGGCGCGGGGAUCCGGCGCGGUUCUCUCGUUCGAGACGGGCGACGUGGGCGUCAGCGAGCGCAUCGUCGAGAGUGCCAAACUCUGGGCGAUCAGUGUCAGUUUCGGGUGUGUGAACAGCUUGAUCAGUAUGCCCUGCCGCAUGAGUCAUGCCAGCAUCGACGCGAAGACGCGGGCGGAGCGCGCGAUGCCGGAGGAUCUCAUUCGACUCUGCGUGGGCAUUGAGGAUGUGGAUGACCUGAUUGACGAUCUGCAACGAGCGCCGGGGCCGUCAACCAUGCCGCAAAAUGCCCUCUCCGAUACCCCCGUUGUCCCAGCCCUCGCCUCCAGCUGGAACACUCGGCAGUUGGGAACGCGCUUCGGCGUCGACAUCGCCAGCGCCGCCACGGCUGGCGCUUUGACGUGUCCAGCCAUCACCGUCAUCGACCGUGCCAUCAUCGAGAAAGCUGCCAAAGGCCUCCCCAUCCGUCAGACCAUCACCUCAUGCUUCCGAUCCAUGGUCUCCCAUCCGGGGGGCUUCUUCCUCAGCACGCCUUUCCUGCUCAUCUACACCCUCUACACCUCGACCUACCUGACCGCCAAUGCCAUUGACACCGUCACCUCCACCCUGCGCAACGAGUCCUUCUCCACCGUGUUCCCGGGCACCGCCAAGUUCAUCACCACCACGACCGUCAACAUGGGCAUCUGCGUGUACAAAGACGCGCGAUUCGCUCGCAUCUUUGGCGCCAAUCCUCCUCCAUCCUCCCCCUCCUCUGGCCAAUCCUCAUCACAACCACGCAUCCCACACCCCCAACAAUCGCCCGCAUCCUGCCACCCACCCGCCAACAGCGCCACAAAGGUCCCGCGGACAUCCUUCGCGCUGUUCUGCCUCCGCGACAGCAUCACGAUCUUCGCGUCCUUCAACGUGCCGGCGCUCGUGAGCCCCUGGAUCCCCGACGUCGUGGCGUCCUCGGCGCGCGCCAAAGCCACCAUGGCGCAGUUCGCCUGUCCCGCGCUGAUGCAGUUCGCCAGCACCCCCAUGCACCUGCUCGGUCUGGACCUGUACAAUCGGCAGGACGCGCGGCUGGGCUGGCGCGAGCGCGCGCUGCGCAUCCGCCGCGACUACGUGCCGAGCUGCUUUGCGCGCAUGGGCAAGAUCGUGCCGGCGUAUGGUGUCGGCGGGGUGGCGAAUGUGCGGCUGCGGGAGUGGGGGAUGAAGCUGUUGGAGGGGAAAUGAUUUCUACAUUCUCCCAGGAUGGGUUGGUUAGGUUGGGUUGGGGAAGCAAUGGUAGGUGGUAGGUGGUCGGUGAGUUGGUGAUGACACUCUCUACUCUAUUUUUCCAUUUCGUUUCAUAUAUUUUGGCCUAGGGACUGGAUUUCGGAAUGGCGUUUGGACAUGACUUGACAUGGUUUGGAGUUGGUGGGUGCAUAUAUUCCGUUCUUCAUUUGGUCUUUUCUUCAUCCCCCAUUCGGUUCAGUGCUUUAUAUAGUACAGUCUCACUUAGAGUGCAGGUAAUUAGUCGGGAGAUGGAUCGCAUAGAAUCUAGACGAGAUCUCAUAGAUCAAUCAUAUCAUAUCAUACUUACGAAGCGUCAAUCGAAUGAAAACAUCAC